UUUUUUUUUAUUUUUUUUUUUAGCAUUGGUAAGUAAUUAUAAACAAGACCGCCGAUUAGCUAAAACAGCCAAGAGCAGCGGCACGCUAUAAAACUGAAAGUGCAACACCACUGAAAAAAACAAAAAACAAAAAACAAUCCUCACAAGAACUUUUGUUUCACUAUGACUGGUUCAAGGCUCUGGUCUCAACGAGUCCCACCGGCCGUGAGAGCUGGAAAAAUCCUCAGAGUGAGAGCUCCCUGCUCUGGCCGGCUCUCUGCGGUGUAACCGGAUCAGGGCAGAGCAGAGGGACGUACACGAGCCUUGUUUGCCUCCAAACGAGCCAAUGAGACCGGCUUUACAUUAGACUGACAGUGAGGCUCAGCGAGCCCGGAGACGCCAUCCCACUUUGACGCCCGUCGAACAGCCAAUACGGAUCCACGAGGGACAGGAACGGAGGGAAAAAAACGAAAUACGAACUUGUCUUCCUGUAGGUGAAAACGUUACCUGGCCGUCACCUGCGGUACGUUAGAGCCUGCUGGAGGGAAAGUGGGAUCAACAUCCACAAAGAUGGCUCUGUCGCAGAUCCUGGACGACUCGCCUCUGAGGCUGGGUCCCAAACACACCGGGGUCGACGACCUGAACCUGCAGGAGCUGUACAACGAGAGACACCGCCUGGCUCUGGAGGAGCUGCUGUCCGGGGGGCUCGACAACUUUGUGGACUUUCUCAGGAGGGAGAGGAUCCCCAACUUUCUGUCGGACGAUGAGAUCCAGGGGAUCAGGAGCGCCGCCGUGCCCCCGCGGUGUGUGUCCCUCCACGGGGAGGACUUGACUCUGGAGCAGUCGGUCAGCAGCUCUAUGGACUGCUCCUCCGUCACCUAUUUCCCCGAGGUGUCGGACGUGGAGCCGCCGCUGCUGGAGAUGGGCUGGCCCGCCUUCACCGCCGGCUCCUACCGGGGAGUCACACGGGCCGUGGCGCACUUCCAGCCCAGCUACGGGGAGUGCAUCUACAGCUGCAAGGAGGCUGCGAGGCGUAUGAUUAAAAGUGCCAGAGAGGUGAUUGCCAUAGUUACAGACUCCCUGACAGACCUGGAUAUCUUUAAGGAUCUGCAGGAGGCAUGCUCCAACCGUAAAGUCCCUGUCUACAUCCUGCUGGACCAGUCAUGUGCUCCUGCUUUCCUCAAGAUGUGCAGAAAUGUCGGCGUUCGCCUGGAUGACCUUCGGCAAAUGCGAGUGCGAACCAUAACAGGUACAACUUAUUACAUGAGAUCAGGAGCGAGGAUUACUGGGGAGGUUCAUGAGAGGUUCAUGCUGAUUGAUGGGAACAGAGUGGCUACAGGUUCCUACAGGUUCAACUGGACUGAUGGUAAACUAAACAGCAGCAACCUGAUCGAGCUCUCUGGUCAGAUAACAGAGAAAUUUGAUGAGGAGUUCCGCAUCCUCUACGCCCAGUCUCUACCGAUAAACACCCGAGGGACUCAGAGUGUGCGGAACAGUGGCAUAUAUGAUCCUCUACUCCUCAAACAUUUGGUCACCUCCUCCCCUCAUCCUGCCAGAGAGCGGCCUGCAGAGCCAUUGGGUCUAACCAGCACCCCCACCCGCAAGCCCCAAACUGUGCCUGUCCAGCCCCCAUGUGAACCCUCCACUCCAGUUCGAAAUAAAACCAUUCCAGUGUCCCAGUCCUCCACUGUAGAUGAGAACUGGACGGAGCAGGUGGAGAUCCUGGCUGGUAGCACCACUCGCCUUUUCCCUGCAGAUCUGCUUGCAGAAGAAGCGCCCACGACCCCUCGCAUAAUUCCCUGCCACGCCUCCACUCAGACCAGCCGCUCGGUGACAGACGGCAACACCCAGACUGACCUCCAGCUCACGCAACACCCCGAACUCACCACGCCAGCAAGCCCAGGACCAAAAGGAGCCACCUCUCCUCGGCCUUCCCGGCACAUCUCGCCCACCCAGGCAGCUCCAGACGGCGCCUUAAAGGACUGCUUCCACAAGCUGACCAAAGAGCGCCAGUAUCACUACUCAGCCAUCCGCUCCAAGCUCGAGCACAUGGUGAGCGCCCUGUCCCAGAGGCGAGAGCUAGCAGACAUCACCAACAUGACUCAGGGGCCUGGCGCUCCCAGCAGGCAGAGGGUACACAAAGACUGUGGGCAGGAACCGAACCCCAGACUGCUUGUUGAAAGUGCGGCCAUGGGCACAUGGCCAAGAGCCAGAUGUGCGCACUAGAGUGUCUUCAGGGAUUUAAGCAAUGAAGGGUGGUGGUGGUGGUGGUGGUGGUGGUGGUGGUGGGGGGGUUCUUGCAGAUCCUCUGUUUCAAAUAAAUGUUUUCGGCUUGUAGGGUAGAACCAACCUUUCUUCUAUUUGUCGUCUUUCCUGCAGGGAACCAAAGACACGGUGCAAUAAUCAUCUUUUGACCAUGUCAGUUUAAUGAAUAUUAUCGGCUGAGGUGGUUAACACUGGAUGACAUCUGCUGUAGAAUGAAUGAAAGUACAUUGAGGUGCUGUUUUGGUUGUUUAGUCACAUUUGGUUUAACCGCAAUUGAACAACACCUCGGAGAGCAGUUGGCUCUUACUGCGCCCUGCUAAUAAACAAAGUAGUAGCUGUUGUUACA